GAGUCAGAACCUUCCGGUGGGAAUAAUUCGUCGUAGUGAGAUUUCAGCGGUUAUGGAUGUAAAAAGAGAAACAGCGGACAGCCCAAUCAUUCACAUGUCGGCGUGUCACUACCAGGGAUGGAUCAGAGUGUCAGACACGCGGGGUCCCCCGGCCCUCUGGAUGUCGUGUGGCCACCCCUACGAGGAGAGAAGAGUGUGGAACCCCAAGUUCUGCGUGGUGACCGACUGCCAGAUGUUGCUCCUGGAUAGAGAGGAGCAGAUCCAUCCGUUGUUGCUCCAGGAGAGGAGGGCGGACUCAUGCAAGGUCCGCUUGUUGCGACGCACCAUCAGCGUCCCCGUGGAAACGCAGUUCCCAGAAUACCACAACCAGUUGUCCACAAAGAGCGAGUCGCCCCCGGAGCGUGCGGGACGCAGACGCAGCAUGCCAGGCAGCGGGCCGGACAAGACCACGCCCACCAUGGAACCCACCGCUGCCGCCACGCCCUUCAGAGUCACCGGGUUCCUGAGUCGGAGGUUGAAAGGUUCGAUCAAGCGGACCAAGAGUCAACCCAAACUGGACCGCAACUCCAGCUUCAGACACAUUCUACCUGGCUUCAGGAGCGUUGACAAUGAGAGAUCUCAUCUCAUGCCUAGGCUGAAGGAGUCUCGCUCCCACGAGUCGCUGCUCAGCCCCAGCUCUGCUGUGGAGGUCCUGGACCUCAGCAUGGAGGACGAGGUCAUCAUCAAACCUGUGCACUCCAGCAUCCUCGGACAGGACUACUGCUUUGAGGUCACCACCUCAACAGGAAGUAAAUGCUUUUCUUGUCGCUCGUCCGCCGAGAGAGACAAAUGGAUGGAGAAUCUGAGGAGGGCUGUGCACCCCAACAAGGACAACAGCCGUCGUGUGGAGAAUCUGUUGAAGCUCUGGCUCAUCGAGGCCAAAGACCUCCCCGCUAAGAAGAAGUACUUCUGCGAGCUGUGCCUGGACGAUGCGUUGUACGCCAGGACCACCUGCAAGCUGAAGAGUGACAACGUCUUCUGGGGCGAGCACUUCGAGUUCAACAACCUGCCGGCGGUCAAGAGCAUUACCGCCCACCUCUACAAGGACUCGGACAAGAAGAAGAAGAAAGACAAGAACAACUAUAUCGGACUGGUCAACAUCCCCAUCGCUGCCGUGACCGGGAGGCAGUUUGUGGAGAAGUGGUAUCCGGUGAGCACGCCCAAUCCCAGCAAGGGGAAGACGACGGGACCCAUGAUUCGGAUCAAGGCCCGGUACCAGAGCAUGAACAUUCUGCCUAUGGAACUGUACAAGGAGUUUGCAGAGUACACCACCAACAACUACAUGCUGCUGUGCUCUGUUCUGGAGCCAAGCAUCAGUGUCAAGAACAAGGAGGAGAUGGCCUCAGCCCUUGUCCACAUCCUUCAGAGCACCGGCAAAGCCAAGGACUUCCUGACGGACCUGAUGAUGUCGGAGGUGGACCGCUGUGGGGAGAACGAACAUCUGAUCUUCAGAGAGAACACCCUGGCCACCAAGGCCAUUGAGGAGUAUCUCAAACUGGUGGGACAGAAGUAUCUACAGGAUGCCCUGGGUGAGUUCAUCAAGGCGUUGUAUGAGUCGGAUGAGAACUGCGAGGUGGACUCGUCCAAGUGUUCGUCAGGUGAUCUGCAGGAGCACCAGAGCAACCUGAAGAUGUGCUGCGAGCUGGCCUUCUGCAAGAUCAUCAACUCCUACUGUGUGUUUCCACGGGAACUGAAGGAGGUGUUUGCGUCGUGGCGGCAGGAAUGCAGUAAUCGGGGACGACCCGACAUCAGCGAGCGGCUGAUUAGCGCGUCCCUGUUUCUGCGUUUCCUCUGCCCUGCCAUCAUGUCCCCAUCCCUCUUCAACCUAAUGCAGGAGUACCCCGACGACCGAACCGCACGCACCCUCACGCUCAUCGCCAAGGUCACCCAGAACCUGGCCAACUUUACCAAGUUUGGAAGCAAGGAGGAGUACAUGUCCUUCAUGAACCAGUUCCUGGAGCACGAGUGGACUAACAUGCAGCGCUUCUUGCUGGAGAUCUCCAACCCUGAGACAAUCUCCAACACAGCGGGCUUUGAGGGCUACAUCGACUUGGGCAGGGAACUCUCCACCCUACACUCCCUGCUCUCAGAGGUGGUCUCUCAAAUGGAACAGAGCUCCGCCUCCAAACUGGGGCCGUUACCCAGGAUCCUGCGAGAUGUCAACGUGGCACUGGCCAACCCCUCCAGCCUCCAGCUGACCUCCGUGACCUCCGUGACCCCUGACAGGAUGGGCUCUCCUCCCGCUGGCGCCGGCUGCAUCUCCAGUGGGCUGCAGAAGAUGGUCAUUGACAAUGACCUUUCAGGGUUAGUUGACUUUACCAGGUUGCCAUCUCCUACACCAGAGAACAAGGACCUGUUCUUUGUGACCCGUGGUUCAGGGAUCCAGCCCUCCCCGGCACGCAGCUCCAGCUACUCUGAGUCCAACGAGCCCGACCUGGGCAUGGCCAAUGGCAGCAAAAGCCUCUCCAUGGUGGACCUCCAGGACCCACGUAGCUUGGAGGGGGGCUCCGGGGCGUCUGAAGGCCUGACCGAGAGCUGUGCUUCUGGGGUAGUCUGGUCAGCCAGGACCCCCCAGGGGAACAUCCCUGGAGGUCCCACCCUGCGGAGGCCGGGCCAGACCCCGACCACGCCCGGGUCGGAGAACGCUCCGGGCCCUGGUCGGCCAGCCCAGCUGCUUGCCCCGCUGUCGUUCCAAAAUCCCGUCUACCAGAUGGCGGCUGGCCUUCCCGUGUCGCCGCGUGCCCUCCCAGACUCUGGCUCUGAGUGCCACAGCUCGGUCAGUUCCCAUAGCAACAACGAGGACGGGCCCGGUGGUGGGGGGAAGCACUCUUUUGUGAACCACGGAGGAGGAAGGGGGGGCGGAGGGGGAGGGGGGGGAAGCAGCGGGGACGAGUACGCGCGGCGCUCUGGGGAGUUCACCCGCCGGCAGCUGUCCCUGACCGAGACCCAGCACCAGCCCGGCGUUCCGCGCCAGAACAGUGCCGGCCCCCAGCGCCGAAUAGACCAGCCCCCGCCCCCACAGAACGUCCUGAGGGGACGCACCCCCCCCACCCUGCUCAACAGCGGGCCCUACCCCCGCCCCUCCAGCGGCAGCAUGAUGUCGUCAUCGCCCGACUGGCCGGGCGCUGGGGCGAGGCUAAGGCAACAGUCGUCGUCAUCAAAAGGGGACAGUCCCGAGGCCAAGCAGAGGGCCCAACACAAACAGGCCCCCUCCCCAGUGCAGCCCAGUGCGUUGGACCGCACUGCCGCCUGGCUACUGAAUAUGAAUGUGCAGUAUUUAGACCAGGAGGGGAUGCACCCAGAGUCCAGACACAGAGACCAGCUCACUCAGGCCGAAAAGUACCAGCAGGAGAUCGCGGUUCUACAGGAGAAGCUGCGUGCGUCGGUCCAGAAGCUGGAGGAGUACGAGGCCUGUCUGAAGGGGCAGGACGAGCAGGCCCAGAAGGUUCUGAUGGAGUACCAGGCCCGUCUGGAGGAGUCAGAGGAACGCCUGCGUAGGCAGCAGGAUGACAAGGACCUGCAGAUGAAGGGCAUCAUCAGCAGGUUGAUGUCUGUUGAGGAGGAACUGAAGAAGGACCACUCGGACAUGCAAGCAGUAGUGGACUCCAAGCAAAAGAUCAUUGAUGCCCAGGAGAAGCGCAUAGCAUCUCUAGAUGCAGCCAAUGCUCGCCUGAUGAGCGCCUUGACCCAGCUAAAGGAACGUUACAGCAUGCAAAACCAGAGGAACGGCAUCUCUCCCACCAACCCCAGCAAGCUGCAGAUCACUGAGAACGGAGAGUUCCGGAACAGUAGCAACUGCUAGACAGAUAGAACCGAGAGACUGUGUGUGUUUGCGUAUAUGCGUGUAUGUUUGCAUGUGUGUGUCAUUGGGAAUGAGGUGCUUGUUGAGGACACUUCCAUUUAAGGACGUAUCACAGUUGUGUUUGGAAAUCCCUGUGAGGGCCAGAGGAGAGGAGGCGGGACUUCAGUUGUCAAACAGAAAAAAAGACAAGGACAGCAAAGGGACUUUGCUGACUAACGUUCAGUGAGUGGACGAUGGUCUGAGGAGACAGGAAAAGCAUGUAGAUAUUGAACUCCGUCAAUCAACCGAUGUGGAUGUUUCCAUUGGAUGUGUGCAGUUGCCGGGACAAUUUCAGACAUUGGCCCAUGUUUGGGACAAACCACUAUAUAAUCACACAAUGUCUGUGAAUGUCAAAGUUUCUCACCCUGAAAACCCUUCUCUCUUCCUCUCUUCCUUUUUUAUAAACUCCAGGUUAUGCGGGCAGUGUAAAAUAAAAAAAACUGCAUCAACAAAACAAUAUGAUAGAAAGCCUGAAAGAAAAAAUAGCUAUUUUUUUUAAAGUUUCAUUUAGAUGUUAUGUUCUUUUUAAAAACCAAAUGGGAGCUUCGAAGAGGUUUUUAGUCCUGAACAAUCAACUUUUUCUCCUCAACGUCUUUGGGUGUGUUCCAAAGUGCCCUCGCUGGCCCCAUCCCCCUUGUUCCCUGUGUGCUGCACUUUGUGAAAGUUCUUGGUACAGGAAACGCCUUAAGUAAAGAACGCACCCCGACUGUCCCUCAAUCUCCCCAACGUCCCCUGCAAAAAAGGCACAACUUAUACUGUGGAUUUAUAAAGGAAAAAAGAUAUUAUAUAAAUACAUCCAAUAAUGUAUAAGGAUUAACUCUAAAGUAAAUGAAACAAUGGUAGACUAUAUUAAUUACAUUUGAUAUAGAUGGAUGAAUUUAUUUCUUUUUGUCUCAUACAUGACGUAACUAUAUUUGAUAUUCUUGGUUAUGAACACUAUUCAGAGGAGUCGGAGUUGUAUAUUCAUCCCAUAUGAGAGUAUGACCCUGUCAGUCUAUUUAGUGGGCCUUGAGGGAAAAGUGAGUAGCACCAGUCAAAAACAAGUUAGGAACCAGCCAGGAAAAUCCGUCUGCUUUCUAAUACUCUUCAUUAUUAGUGUACUGUAGAGACACUGUGUGUUUGGGUCCACAAAUUGCUAUGCAGGUGACUGCAAAGAUCUCUCCUAACAGUGUGGCUUGCACUUUGUGAAACACGGACAUCAUCAGAGGUGGAGAUGGUUUGUUGUCAGACCUAGCAGCCCUAGAUGAGGCAGUGUUUGGGGCAUGUUUUACUGUGAGGCAGGGCUGGUCUGCAGGUCAUGAUGGUGGUGCUAGUCACUGCUCUGGCCCUGAGAGGUCAAUAAAAACCUCUCCGGUUCAUAAAGAGGUUUUGAAAACCUGCUACGUUAAUGUGAUGUCUGAUGUUUGUGUGUCCCUUCAGGGGUUGGGACCGGUCACUUUUCGUCUGUGAAGCCCUGUAGCACAAAAGGGAGAAGAGAGACACACACAUACACUGGACUGGCAUGGGUUGUCUGAUAACGAGGCCUCCCAUGUUAUGAUCACGCUCCACAACUCUCCUGUUAGACAGCAUGCUGCAUCAGACUGUGACUCCAUGUAGCUUUACUCCAUGUCUCUCUUGUCUCUCUCUUUCUCUUCCAUACUCUGUCUUUCUCUCUCUCUCUUUAUUCUGAAUGUGUAGAGGCUACUCUACUUCAGUUGGUCUUAAAGUGGGUUCAGUCCCUCUGAAUGAUCCUAGCUCCCUAAGGCUUGCCAUGGCAUUUCAGCAUCUAUAUUUUGUAUAUUUUUGUACUCCCUUUUCUUACCUUUACAGACUGAAUACGAGUGAGAAUCUGCAUGCUUCAUCCUGGCGCCAUAAAGCCAAUCGCAGUGCCAGAAACACCAUUUUGUUUAAGUUUCCAAUAUAGGAAAAUUCUUUUUUUUUUUUUUCUUCUGUUGUUUGAUUGGCUUGGGCAUACAGUAAAGACAGUGGCUAUAUUAUAACACUGCGUUGUAUCGAUGGGGCAGUCAGAUUGAGAUUGAAUGUGUAAAUAAAAUGUUCAUGAUAUUUUUACCUAAUGUUAUCACAAAGAGAACUUUUUUUGUUGUAAAUGUAACUUGUUGUGUUCAAACUCUCCUGUAUCCUUGUAGCUUCAUGGAUAUUGUAAAUAGUCUCACCCUCCUGUCAUCUGCUCUCUGUUUCCCCUGCUUCACCUCACAUUCACUGUCACAUUGUUGUUUUUGGAGCAAAGGACACCAUUUUCAUGAUAUCAGAAGUCACCUUUACAGAGUGCUUUACUGAGUGCUGCACGCCUGUCGGACAUCUCCAUCUUGGUCAGACCGUGGGCAGCUGGGUCUGUACGUCCGUACAUACACCAAUUAAAUCAAUCGAUACUCAAGCACAACCUCACUGCCUGUCAGUACACUGCAGUGUCCGGUCCAUUAAAUACAGCUGAUCUGUGAGAGGCACAUAGCGACAACGCAGGGAAGUGCCAUCCAGGCCCGUUUAGGCAAUCAUUUAUGAGUGAAGAGUUGUGUUGUUUAAUGAUAAGAUGGGAAUACAUAGUCCCCCACUGGGCCUGGCCUGAAGUCAGCCAACACACACAGUGCCCCAAGAAUGCCCACUUCACCAGGCUCAUCAAUGCCAGGGAGAUGCCAAACAUGAAGGAUCCGUCAAACGAUCUUCCACCAUUAUCAGUACAUGCCACCCAUACCAAUCUCACCCUGUGCAUGCCGGUCCAUUAGAAACGUCAUAGUUCACUCCUUUGCAUUAGGUCUACUCAUCCUCCACUUCUCCUCACGCGAUUGAUGAGAAAAUGAGAGAACCAGAGAUGGUAGGGAUGGACAUACUGUACAGAGAUUAUACACCCACUACCAUGCCCAUACUGUACAGAGGUUAUACAAUCACUAACAUACCCAUACAGAGCAGACAGUUCUAAGAAAUAAUUAGAUCUAUAAUGAAAAAAAUAUAAAUCUAUAAAUAAAGUAAGAGAUGUUGUAUGUUUUCUAAUAUCUUGUAGAAAAUACUUUUUGUAGGUAUGUUGAAAGUAAAGUAUUUGCUGGACGACAGUGACAAAAACAAUAAUGUACAGUACAGAGGAAUUUGUUUUGUGUUGACAAUGAAAAUUAUGUGGCUGUGCAAUUUAUGUACAUUUGCAACUAGACUUAUUAAAGUUUUAUUUAGCUAUUUUAAAUCCCA